UAUUCGGGUUUUAUUAGCGUUCGUCAGCUAGAGCAUCGGUUUUUGAAGAUGUAAUGCGUGAUGAUGAAUUUUUUUAGGAUGCUUCACAAAGCUUCCGGAGCUCAAGGACCCUUAAAAAAAAAAAAAAAAACAGGAUGAACUUAAAAAGCAUCACGCAAAAGGAUCCUAAGUGCCAGGAUGCAGCGCGGUCCUCUGGGAAGUGUCGCCCGUGGGAUCAGUGCACUGCCCCUUUAAGACUUAGGAUUUGGGAGUGACGCGUUUAUGAAAGCUAGUUUAUCCCUCUUUCGUUCGCUAUGAAAAAUAUUUGGACAAACUACAAUAACGACUUCCAGACUUCUUUUAACUAACUAAUUAUGAUGCCGGUUUACAUUAUUUCUUGAAGGCAAUAAAACCCGGACUGCGUCGUGGUCACGACUUAUUUAUCACGUCGGGAUUGUACUCGCCAGGGCCGCGUCGUCCGACCCCGCUGGAGAACUUUGGAGAAGUUCUUUUGUAUUCGGGACGGGCAGACAGCUUGGCCGACAAGCUGAACAUGGACUGGGGCACAGAGCUUUGGGACCAAUACGACAUCAUCGAGAAGCACACGCAGUCUGGCCUGGAGCUGGUGGAGAAGUAUGUGAAAUUUGUGAAGGAGAGGACUGAGAUUGAGCAAAACUACGCCAAGCAACUGAGGAACCUUUCAAAGAAGUAUAAUCUGAAACGAAGCGGCAAAGAUGAACCAGAUUGCAGGUUUUCCAGCUACCAGUCUUUUCUGGAAGUGCUGAACGAGAUGAACGACUACGCGGGGCAGCGAGAGCUAAUUGCCGAGAACAUGAUGAUGAACAUUUGCAUCGAUCUCACCAAGUACCUGCAAGAGCUCAAGCAGGAACGCAAGAUGUACUUGAUGGAGGCCAAGAGGGCCCAGCAGAGUUUGGAGAGCACCUACAAGCAGCUUGACAGUAGUAAAAAGCGCUUCGAAAGGGAAUGGAGAGAAGCAGAGCGCACGGCACAGUACGCCGAGAAGACCGAUCAAGACAUCAACGCCACGAAGGCGGACGUUGAAAAAGCCAAGCAGCAAGCUCAUAUGAGAUCACACGUAGCCGAGGAGUGUAAGAACGACUACGCUGCGCAGCUUCAGAAGUACAACAAGGAGCAGAACCAAUUCUAUUUUAAUGACAUGCCACUCAUUUUCAAUAAAUUGCAGGAUCUGGAUGAGAGGCGAGUACGGAAGUUGGCGCAAGGCUACAUCUUGUUCUCAGACACAGAGAAGCAUGUGAUGCCCAUCAUUGGCAAGUGCCUGGAGGGCAUUACGAAAGCCGGCACUAAUGUGAAUGAGAGAAAUGACUCCAUGGUUGUAGUAGAGCAGAACAAGUCAGGCUUUGAACGUCCUGGAGAUGUGGAGUUUGAGGAUUACAGUCAGGGCAUCAACCGAGCCUCUUCUGACAGCAGCCUGGGCACGCCGAAAGGCCCCAUGGAACUUCUGGGAAAGAACAGGAACAAAAACUUUUGGCUUUUCAGCAAAAAGAGUAAGCUCUCUCCCUCCACGCUCCCACCUUUCUCGUCACCCCCCGCCCCUUCGCCCGCUAACGGACCCCCUUCCCCCAAGUUUGGCCGGGACCCCCUGUCGUACUGUUUGAAGGAGAUCAAUAGGACAGUCAAACCCAGAAUCUCUUCCUUCCGGACACUCAGGAGAUCGAAGUUUACUCCAGAGAAGAUCACGCCUACGGUGACCGAGGACUUCGCCCAUCUUCCUCCAGAGCAGCGCAGGAAGAGGUUACAACAAAAACUAGACGAAAUUUGCAGAGAGCUGCAAAAGGAAGUAGAUCAGAGUGAGGCCCUGGGGAAAAUGAAAGAUGUUUAUGAGAAGAAUCCUCAAAUGGGAGACCCUGCUAGUCUGGCAUCCCAAAUCAGCCAGACGUCGCAGAACAUUGAGCGGCUCAGCGGAGAGCUCAACAAGUAUGAGACGUGGUUGGCUGAGGCAGGAGGUCGAGGGGAGACUUUGCGCUAUAAAUCUCACACAUUCAACAACAACGGGGCUCACGAUGUACUCAGCCCUGAUGGCGCUCACUCCGAUGAAAGCACUCCUGAUCCCUCCCAGGCCAUCUACGCGGAGUUCGAUGAUGACUUUGAGGACGAGGAGCUAACGGUUCCUAUUGGGAAAUGCACGGCCAUGUACAGCUUCCCUGGUGCCAGUGAAGGGACCAUCUCUAUGCAGGAGGGGGAGGUGCUGGCCGUGGUAGAGGAGGACAAAGGGGACGGCUGGACCCGUGUCCGUAGGAACAAUGGGGAUGAAGGCUACAUACCGUCAUCUUAUGUCACCAUCAACCUGAACAAAUGACAGACCUAUGAGGAACAAAGAGAAGAAGAAAUGGUCUUCGUCACCAGACUGUAUGCCGUUCUUCCCCAUGAGACCAAUCAUAAAGAAGCCACAGCACUACGGGGCAGGACCACAGGUGUGUGCGGAAAGAGAUCCAAAUAAGUGUGCUUCAUGAGAGAGGUGCCCCAAAUGGGCAGGGGAAUGGCGCUGACAGUGUUU